AUGACAUACCACAUCGUAAUAUUUGUACAAGAAGAUACAGUUGAAGUUGUACCAUCUCAUUGGCUGUCAAAAGAUGGAACUACUUGUGCUUGGCCUCAUAGAAAUUUAGAUCCAAAAAAACAGAUUGAAAAAAAAACAAAUCCUAAUACAUCAGAUUUCAAUUGGUAUGAUGUUCGUAUUUUAGCAAAAGAUAUUGCAACUUUAAAAGAUGCCAAAACAAAAUGUAGUAAAGCAACUCAUACCUCAGAUUUAUCAGAAAUUGAAAAUAAAGAAACUAGAAAACUUCGAUGCAAAAUACUUGGUGAUGCUGAUAAUUAUGAUUUUAAUUUAAAAAAAAAAAAAAAAAAUCUUUCCGCAUGUCAAAAACCGCCAAAAACAUUUAGUCCUCCCAAAUUAAUUGAUGAUACAGACAAUUCAGAUUUUGAUGACUCUGAUACCGAUCGUACAUUUAUUCUCCCGAAUAUGAAUUCAUGUGUUAAAAAGUCUCCCGUAAAAUAUUUUGAAGUAAAAAUGAGUGAAAAGCAACAAAACAUGUCAAAAAACAAUAAUUAUCGAUCCCCUUCUAGAAAGUUAUCUCUUGAAGGACCAAGCUCAAAUAUUAUUAAAAUAAACUCACCUGCAUCAUCAGGAAAAUGGAAAGUAAUAAUUGAUAAUAAUAAUUCAAGGUCCACUAAAUCUUCAAAAAGAAAACUAAAUUUUGAUUCAAUGUCCCAAAAAACAAAUGGGAACCGUAAUAGUAAAGGUCGUGUCAGUCAGUCUCCAAAACAUUUUGAAAGCAUAAAUACAGAUUUGCUUAAGUCCCCUACAAGAAACUAUCGCUUAAAUGAUCAUAAUAUUGAUGAUGUCGUUACUACUCAAGUUGAUUUUAACACGUCGCCCAUGCCUUGUAGUCGUUAUACUAAUGAGGUCUUAGCUACCGAUGGUUUAAGAAAUACUUUAAUAAAUUUGACUCGUUCCAUUACAAACAUUAAAUAUGAUAUGAAAAAUUAUAUGAUAAAAAUUGAUAGGAUUGAAAAUAUGUUGAGUGAUAUUCAUGCAAAUCAAAACAAAUCUUUUUCAAAAGAAGUUAAUCAUCUAGUCAAUGAUAGUAUUUAUAAAUUCCCAAUGACAAAUAUUGAUGAGCUAAAUAUAUUUGAAGAAAAAUUAGGAGACAUUGAAUUUCGGCAGAAAGUGGUACAUUACUUGAGUAGACUAGAACGCGAUAGUGUUUCAGAUAUGACACGCCAAAUAAUGUCGAAGAUGUUUCAUAAUAAUUUGCUAUCACAAUUUUCUUAUGCAGGACAGAAACAUAAAAUGGUGUUUGCUACUCUUCAUUCCUGUUCCAUCAUAUUUGAAACUGUAAGAAGUGUACAAAAACAUCGGAACUGCACAGACCAAGAAGUGUUAAAACCAAUGAAAUUUUUCAUGGCAAAUGCUAAAUUUAGAGAAGAAAAAAAACAACAAAAAAUUCAUUCUUUAUAA